AUGAUCGCCUACUUACUCUCCUCUAGUCUGUGGACGACUACUCUGCUCGCCUUUGUCGCCUACCGUCUUGUCCUGAUCAUCUACAACAUUUACUUCCAUCCACUGUCCAAGGUCCCAGGCCCUAGUGCAUGGGCUGCAUCCCGACUUCCAUUUAUCUAUUCACUAGUGAGUGGGACUAGUAUUCACGACUUCCGAAGUCUUCAUGAGCGCUACGGCCCCAUCAUUCGUGUCGCUCCAAAUGAAGUUACAUUUGCCCACCCCGAUGCCUACACAGACAUUUUCCAGCCUCGCUCUGACCACGGUCAGCGGCAGCUCCUUAAAGAUCCACUGUGGUGGGCGCGCCAACCUGGUCAUCCGGACUCGUUGCUUAGCGUGAUUAGCCCCGAAAAACACGCGGAUAUGCGGCGCAUCCUCAGCCCAGGCUUCACUGCACGCGCCCUCCGCCAACAGGAGCCAUUCAUUCAAAAAUAUGUCAAUCUGCUCGUGUCGCAGCUGCAGGACGUCGUCGGAAAGAGUAAGAGCACGCAAGUGAACAUGACGCCAUGGUUUAACUACACCACCUUUGAUAUUUUCGGGGAUCUCGGCUUUGGCGAGUCCUUUGACUGUCUUCAACAUUCAAGAUACCAUGCAUGGAUUGCCUUGGUGUUUGGCAGUGUCAAAGCAGCUGGGUUUGUUAUAUCCACACGAUAUUACCCGCCCGUCGCAUUCAUUCUGCAAAAGUGCAUUCCACCUUCGAUGAGAAAAACACAGCAAGAUCACUAUCAGCAGGUUGUGGAUAAGGUACAGCGACGACUGAGUUGGGAGCUGCAGCGCCCUGAUUUGAUGUCUUAUGUUAUUGAAGAAGGGGGCAGUCUUAAACUUGAUGCUGGUGAGCUGUACGCGACGUUUAUGAUCCUAACCACAGCUGGCAGUGAAACAACGGCGACAGCCUUGACCGGAACGUUUAACUAUCUGGUGAAUCACAGCCCCAAAAGUCUCCACCAGCUGGAGAAUGAGAUUAGAAGUGCCUUUUCAAGUACGGACGAGAUUACAAUCGAAGCAGUGCGCAAGCUUCCCUUUCUCAACGCAGUCAUCAAUGAGGGCCUCCGACUAUGUCCACCAGUCCCAUGGAUUCUUCCCCGCCUCGUCCCGGAAGGAGGCAGCAUGAUAUGUGGAACAUGGCUUCCAGGCGGGACACCUGUCUCGAUCCAGGCAUAUACUCUGAACCGCGACCCAACACUCUUCCACAAGCCCAAUACCUUCCUCCCAGAACGAUGGCUGGAGUCUUCAACGUCAGACUCCGCCUCUUGCUUUUUCGGCGAUCAGCGCCAGGUGGUCCAACCGUUCACCAUCGGGCCCCGUGCAUGUCUUGGACAGAACCUCGCAUGGGCUGAAAUGCGACUAAUACUUGCCAAGCUAGUCUGGAUGUUUGACUUUACGGCAAUCGAGGGCCAUUGUGUCAGCUGGGAGGACCUGCGCAUGUAUUUGUUGAUUGAAAGGAAGCCGAUCAAUGUCGGCAUCAGCUUACGGAAGGGAGUACAGCAGGGGUUCGAGUAA